GUAAACAAAAUGUCAGCUUCCAAAGAAGGCACGGGGUUUUGGGAUAAGCCGUUGCCAAAAGAUAUAUGGCUGCUGAGACCUUGUGAGCUCUACAAAGAAGAAUAUUCGGACUGUGAGAGUGUAGGUGGGAGGUUCCACCAGUACUACAUACAUGGUACGAAGCAGGACUGUCAGAAAUGGAAGCAGGAUUAUGAGAACUGUAUGGCGUUUCGCCAGGCUCCAUCAGAAGAAGUUGUGGAGAAGAUUCUGCAGCAUGAGCGUGAGAGGCGUGAGGAGAGACUGUCGAAUGCCCGUGGCAAUGAUGUGUGGGAGUACAGGAAGGAAGCACCUCCGGACUGGAAUGCUCCAGUCAUUAGGACUCCACAGCCUGGCCAGACCACCAUUCUAGGCAAAAUACAGGAAACACACGCAUCACAAGGAACACUAUCACAAACUGAAAAACAGAGCAUGUGCGUUGUGUCAUGAUGGAAAUGAUUCCGCAGAAAUUAGUUACCAUGGCAACCGGAAACGACUGUUUAGCAUUGUGACCUGUGGCAAAUGGUUAUCAUGAUUGCAAGAUGAACAUUGUUGCCAUGGAUACAGCUGUUGACUGAAAAUUCAUACAGAUUACGAUAGCAGAUGAUGGUUACCUUGGCAAUCUUGCAGAGAUGGAACAAUCACCAUGGUAACAAAAUUAAACAAUACCACCAUUUUAUGUUUCUUGAUGGAAAUGAAUGAUGAAAUAGCAUGUCAGUAGGUUGUGUGUGAUGUGUGGCUUUAACCCAGGGUUUAUGUAAUAAACAUAUUUAUAAUAA